AUGCCAUUUACCGAUUAUUGUGAAAAUGUAAAAUGUAAACGAACAAAAUUAGGUAUUAAAUUUUCGACAACUGCUCAUAUAAUUUUCUUAGCAUCAGUAAAACCUUGUUCAAUAUUCAAUGGUAUUUGUCCAAAUUGUAAAUGCAUUUAUGGACCAACAACAAUUGUUGAUCCACAAUCGAAUCAAAGAAUUAUUACAAUUAGUUCAAUUCAAAACAAUAAUUAUAUUUAUUUUUCUGGCGAUCUGGUAUACAGCAAAGAAUUUUUAUCUAUGUUCAGUAAUAAUCUUAUUCAUGCGCAUACAACUUUCCAAGGUUUUACUGAAUCAUAUUUAAACAUGUUGAUCGACGUUCAUGGUCAUCAUAAACCUAUUGUUUCGUCAAAUACAUUAGCUAAACGGAUGGAGGUUGCUUGGAUAUAUUUCGAACUCAGUCGUUUUAUAUUUCUUACAAGUCGUGAAAAAUCAAUUGUUCUUCCUAAGUCUCUACAACCUGAAUCAAGAUACAUUUUCAUAGAGCAAAAUUUACCAUUUUUCCAUCAUCUCUUUAAUACUUUUUGGUCACGACAUCGUGUAUUUCCUCAUAUUAAAUGUAAACAAUCUUCAUGUUCAGCAGUUAUGCUGAUUGACGGUCACCAAAAAAGUAAUAGAAAAAUUUGUCGACAUGAAAAUCUUACUAAUACUAAUCAUCUGGAACUCGGACCAGUGAACCAGGGAUGUCCAUAUCCACCCCACCGUUCGAAAUCAAAUGAAAAAGGAAAAAAUCAAAAUUCGUAUUAUUGUAAGCAUCAUAUUAAAUAUAUGAAUACUUCUAUUAACCAACAAAGAAUUACUCAAUCAAAUGAAUAUCAACAAGCUGUAUUGAUUGAUGAAGAAAUUAUACGUACUAUGGAUAAUGAUGAUCUGUGCAAUGUUUAUCGAAAUGAACUUAAAAAUGAUAAAAAGUCUAGAUCGUUCGGCGUUUUAGUAACUUUUUUGUCAUGUGGAGUUGUUAUUGCAUUUACUGAAUCCAUACGAAGUGAAGGUUGUCGACGGAUAACGGUAAAGCUUUUUUUUCUCAUUAUUUUAAUAUUACUUACAUGAAUGUACUUCAAAAAAAAAUAACUUCAUUUUUUAUUAAAAAUAGUAUGAAUACAAUAAUACCAAUACUCAUCGAUACGAAUACUAUGUACAACAUUUGAUAUUGAUAUUGGUAGUAUUGGUAUUGUUCCAUCUCUACAAAAAUAGUUUACAGGAGUUUUAAUACAUAUUAGAUGAACAAAAGAUCAUUUGACUAAGUAUCAAAAAUUAGAGGAAAACAAUAUUUGAAUGUCCAUCGAGAUAUUUUAUCACGUACACUAUGAUUUUAGAUGUCUCUACACCAUAUUAUCAUGUUCAGAUUUUACAAAUGAUCAUCAAUCAAGAAACUAACGGGUGGAUCGAAAGUUUUCGCACAAAAUGUUUGCUCAUAUCUGAUCCACUUGAAAAUAUUUCAGACGAGUCGAAAACUAUGGAUUAGAACCAGAAUUUUGUGCUCUUUCUGAAUAUGAGCUUGGAAAUUUUGUAUCUAUUUUUGUUCAAGAGCAGUGAAGAAAUCUUUGAAAGGCCUUAAAAAUUAAUUUGGACGACGUAUAAACAGCUUUUUCUAGCCCAUAUAUGUCCCUUUGGGAAGAUGCUAAAAGUUAUCGGACACGGUAUUUUGUUAGAGCGGACACUUAUUUACAAAAUUGGAUAUUGAAUUAAGUUGUAGCUUUAACACAAGUGAAGUUAUAUGUAUUUUGUCAGAAGCUCCUUUUUGUGAAAAACGUCUUUUUGUCAAAAAGUCGAUUUCUCAUAAAUUAGGGUAUAGAAAAAACAAAAAUUGAGAAGUCUUGCCUAAAGACCAAAAAAACUCAAAUAGUACAUUUUGUACUGCAGAUUUCGCUCUACCAGUUGAUAGAGUAAUAAAGGUUCCAACUUUUAGUUUCGAAUCGCAAUAGUUAAAAUAUAAAAAAGUGUGAAAAAAUUUCCCGUCCAAACAAAUUUUUCAGGCCUUUCAAAGAUUUCUUCACUACUCUCGAACAAAAACUGACAAAAAAUUUCCAAGCUCAUAUUCAGAAAUAGCACAAAAUUCUGGUUCUAGUCCAUAGUUUUCGACUCGUCUGAAAUAUUUUCGAGUGGGCCAAAAAUGAGCAAACAUUUUGUGCGAAAACUUUCGAUCCACCCGUUAGUUGAGUUUAGAAAACGUACUUAACUUAUACUUAUAUAAAAAGAAGUCUAUCUUAGAAGAAUAAUAUCAUAAAAUAUAUUUCUUGUUGCAGACAAUAUUUUAUGAAAUAAAUGACCUCAGAUAUAGCUAAAAAAAAUAAAAAUAAUUUAAUAGUAAUAAAUACUUUUUUCCAAAGUAUGCUCUGUAGGUUUGUACAGUGUGGAUGUAUUAAAAGGUUGAAACAUCUUACGUUAAAUUAUACAACUGUUAAUUUACAAAUAUUGACUAACUUUAUUACUUGUUGAAAUACACUUUUAUAAAUAAGAAAUCUAUCUGCACAUGUAAAAUUUAAUUUUAUGUAACAUAUUUUGUGAUGCAAAGAAGAGUAUAUAUUCAAGAUAAUGUCAGGAUUGAAAAAUUCUUCAAAAUUACAUAAAUGAACCAAUACGUAAAUUUUGUUGGUAAAUUGAAUAAUGAAUGUUGAUAAAGAAUUAUGAAAUUGCAAUUUAAAAAAAUGAUUAAACAUAAAUUCCAAUAGUAAUGUAUGCUGAUUUUAUCUGUUUAUUGAUAAACAUCAUAUAAGUAGAAGCAACAAUAAUAGAAGAUGUACGGUAAUCCUCUGUAUCAUGCAUUUGAUGUUAUUGUGGAAGGAUAAAUAUUAAUAUAUAACAACAAUGUGAAUGCCAAUUUGAUUAAAAUAGAAUUUCAUCAUUGUAUUUUUUUUUCGGUUCUUCCUUAUUUGAAAUAUCAAAUAACAUAAGAAGAUAUUUUUAGAAAAUUUGUUACAUGAUGACAACUUGAUAACAUAAUAAUGAUGUUCUGUUUAUAUAUGAUUAAUUGAAAUUAACAUGUUUUCUAUCAACUAUUUUUGCUAGAGAGAAACUCAAUAUCUAAUCUGAUAUCAUAUUUG